UCUGUCGGCGCGCUUCGGCUCCUUGCGCUCCUACUGGUGCUGCUGAGCAUGAGUUCAGCUGUUGAAAAUAACGCCACAGAGUCCGUCAGUCCUCAGCUGGUCCUUGAAACUCAGGACCCGCCGACCGAUGAAGACACAAACCAGGCGAGGAAUAGAGGGAGACGGCCUUCUGACUCUCUGCGGGAUGGGCUAGACCAGAGCCAGGUGGGCUGCAGGGAGUUGAGGUCCACAAAGUACAUCUCUGAUGGCCAGUGCACCAGUGUCAACCCUAUUAAGGAGCUGGUGUGUGCUGGGGAGUGUCUGCCAGCUCAACUGCUGCCCAACUGGAUUGGUGGAACUCACACUGGGAGGUACUGGAGCCGCCGCGAUGCUCAGGAGUGGCGCUGUGUUAUCGAUCGAACCAGGACCCAGCGGAUCCAGCUGCAGUGCCACGACGGGAGCACGAGGACCUACAAGAUAACUGUGGUGACUUCCUGCAAAUGCAAGCGCUACACCAGACAGCAGAACGAUUCACGACACAAGGACACAUCUGGGAAUACUGGUAAACAGAGGAAGAAUCAGGGGAGGCCUGGAGUCCUGGAGAUGAAUGCUGGGAGGGAGUCUGCUAACUAAAACCUGAUUUCACAGCUACAAAAGGAAAAGCAUUCAGACUCGUGUUGUCACUAUAAAUGUUUUUGUAUGAACUAUAAAUGUGCAAAUAGUAAUUAAAAAUUUAAGAGGCAAGAUAGAUAUAAACAAAGGUGAAUAGUAUAGUGUUAUCUUCAUAUUUAGAUUACUUUAAUACAGUAAUUAGUCUGUAGAACAAAUUUAGCUCAUUUGUUCACAGGGAAUAUGUUGUUAUCGUCAUCCAAAUGACAAAUAUAAAUAAUCUGGCUAAAAUAAUAACACACAAACAGUUUGACAGCUGCAACAGACAUUUGGGUGCAACUAUUCAGAAAGCACUCUAAUACCUGAGCUACAGCUGGUGACAUUUGUCUAAUGUUUCUGGAGAGAAGUGUUGCCUGGGUUGUCUCAUUUUUUUGUUUCGUACAUUUUUUGGACAGCAGUGAUUUCGUCACACUGACAGUAUUCUUAUUAUUCUUAUAGUGUGAAUAUGAAUACAUGUUAUAUAGUUUAGCUGUAGUUAGUUAAUUGUAGAGAUUUAGAUUUGCUGUCAUUGUUUGGUUUUGCCUCAUUGUAGCAUUCUAGUGUUAUAUUAGCAGGAGAGCCUCUUCUUGGAAGGGUAGUACUGGUAGGAAAGUUGUUGUGAUCGAAGCAUGAUGGCUGCUUCUUGAGGAGAGCAUACUUUGUUAGUAGAUAAUUUCUUGUGCUAUUAUUUAUAAGACAGGGACGGGGGGUGUCAACAACCUAUUCUCAACCAAAUAAUUGAAACAUGUGCCUCUAAACAAUGUUUUUAGCCUUUACUGUGAAUUAUUGCUCAUUGUGUCCAAAAAUUAUAUGAAAAGUGAUAAAGUUAAAAACUCAUUUUAAAAGUAAUAAAUAUAGAAGUGGUAAUUCCAGGAUUACAGCUUUUCAUGCAGCACCUGAGAGUCUCAGAUAUUGUUUGUAAUGUUCUGAUAGCAGUGAAGGCACAGUGUAAUUAAAUAGUUUAUCAGUCCAGGGUUUUGGUUUGUGUUGGAAGUAUGUAUGAAGAUUUUUUUAUUAAAAAAAACAGAAAACAGUAAUAAAUUCUAUGAUUCAUGGUCUUAAAAGCUUCUGGGGAUGUAAAGUUAGACCGAUAUAAUAUAUUUUGUACCAGAACAGUUCUGUUUUACAUCUCUUUUGCCAUUUUCUGAAAUAAUAAAAAAUUUGUUUCAGGGCUGUGGUUCUGAUAUAACGCUGCAGGCAUGCUAGACAGGUUUACUGCAAACAGGAACUCGCUAACAACAGAGGCAUUAGCCAGUGAUGAAUAUCUAUUUUAAACAGCAGCCUUUACUUUGUUUUAUUGUGUAGGGGAAACCUUCCCCUUCAGGCUAGUGGAGGUUCUUACAGCUGUGGCAGACAUUUUUAAUGGUGUUUUAUUGUCUCAUCUAUCCAUUCAUUUUCCCUCCAUUAAGAACUGUAGCCAAAGAUAGACAGUUAAAAGAAUCACCUGCACUAGACGGCAACAGGAUGUUUAAUUUGUGUUUUCCCCACAGGGAUAAGGAUUGAUGCCCCUUUGUCAGUUAUAUCCUGUAGGUAGAGACUUUUAAACCAGAUCACGUCUGGAAUGUUGUUCAGCAGCUAGGCGGAAAACAUGUUUCAACUUUUUUCAGGUUAUCUUUUAACAGAAUUUAAAUUUUUAGUAGCAGAAACUGUU